GAAGGGGCGGGGCUCUCUGUGUAGGCGGGGCUCUGCGCAAUGCGGCUCUCCCUCCGAACCACUGCGGGAGGGUAUGGUCUGAUGGUGCUAGCUUGUGGCCCAGUCCCAGCCCACACAGGUGGCUCGCCCCUCCCCUGGGCAGGUACGCACUGCUGGGGCGCCGGCUCGUGUGGGCUGCUCUGCGCCCUCCUCCCGGGCUUAUAUGUGGCCUCACUUGGAAACCCGGGCAUGGAGCACGCAGCUCGACCUCAACUAUGGGCUGGGACGAGUUGCGCCUGCUGGACGCUCUCACUUACCUAGAGGGUUUCAUGGCCUUUGUGAUCUUUGCGACUCUCAGUUGGAUAGGCUCUCCCUACGGCCGCUACUCGUCGCAGUUUCCCGGCCUCCAAGUGCCGGCGCGACCCGCCUGGUUCCUGCAGGAGCUGCCCUCGAUGGCUUGGCCGCUCUAUGAGUGCGCCCGCCCUGCAGCCGCGCGCCUGGGCAUCCUCCCUAACCGGGUCCUGCUGGCCAUGUUUCUGAUCCACUACGUGCAAAGGACUCUGGUGUUCCCGGUCCUGAUCCGAGGAGGGAAAGCUACACCGCUGUUUUCCUUUGCUGGCGCAGUCCUGUUCUGCACCAUGAACGGAUACUUGCAGAGUAGAUACUUGAGCCAGUUUGCGGUGUAUGCCGAAGACUGGGUGGCCAGUCCCUGUUUCCUGACUGGUUUUGCCUUGUGGUUAAUUGGCAUGGUGAUAAAUGUCCAUUCAGACCACAUCCUGAGGAAUCUGAGAAAACCAGGGGAAACUGGAUACAAAAUACCCAGGGGAGGCUUGUUUGAAUACGUAUCUGCAGCCAACUACUUCGGGGAGAUCAUGGAGUGGUGUGGCUUUGCGCUGGCCAGCUGGUCCCUCCAGGCCACAGUGUUUGCUCUGUUCACAUUCAGCACAUUGUUCACCAGGGCGAGGCAGCAUCACCAGUGGUACCAUGAGAAGUUUGAAGAUUACCCCAAAUCGAGAAAAAUGCUAAUUCCCUUUGUGCUUUAGUGUGCUGCCAGUGGCAUCAUCUUUGAAGAGCUCCUUCCUGGUGACACCUCUCAGGCACUUAUACAUGAAGCGUUUUCCCUAAUUCUCCUGCAACUCCAUUGUUUUCAAGAAGGGCUGGCGGGGUUUUUAUCCCCUGGUAAAGGAGUAAGCCAAUCAUGAACUAAUCCACUGUGUGCUGUUAGGAAUGGGGAGCAUUGGGGCAUUGCAGCUCAGCUGUCUUUGGCUUCAAACGUGCCUCUUUGGGGUUUUGGUUUUGUUUGUGUGUUUAGAUAUUUUGUUUUGUUUUUGUUUUUGUUUUGUUUUGUUUUGUUUGCUUUUUUCCAGACAGGGUUUCACUGUGUAGCCCUGGCUGUUCUAGAACUUGCUCUGUAAACAAGGCUGGCCUCCAACUCACAGAGAUGCACCUGAGUGCUGGGAUUAAAGGCUUGCACCCCCACCACCCAUUGUGUGUAUGUUUUUGAGACAAGGUCUCACAGUGUAGACCAGGCUAGUCCUGAACUCAGAGAGUUAUGUGAGGUCUCUAGCAUAAAGGUGUGUUUGCCUCCAGCUCUCCAUUGCCACCAAACCUGGCAUUGCCUCGGGGUUCUCUGUGGCAAAAGUGUAAGAAGAAACUGCUGAUUCCCACCACCUCUGACAACCAACCCUGCAAUGAAUGCACCCAGACCAGCAGGAGUCUCCCGCCUCCUCCAUGGAUGGAUGUUCUGCCUGUUCAGCCCCUGCUAGAGAGGCCUGGAGGUAUGGGAAAGGUCACAGCCUGCUGUCCUUCACUGAGCUGCUGUCUAGUAGGGAACUUGAGCUCCUCCAUCCGGCAGCUGGGAAAAGGUGUCUUUUACUUGUUCCCACUCAGCUCUCCAGGUGAAAUACUCCUAUAAACACACGGUAUCCCCAGGAGAGGUGGGACUGUAGAGUAUCCACUCACUCACUGGCCCUCCCUUUGCCCUCCCUUUGGGCUAGGCAGAACUAGAAUUCUUUAAGGCACUUUUUAAAAAAUACCUUUUUUUAUUAUUAUAAAACAAAAAUCUCAAAAGCAUUUCUUAUUUUGAACGCACCGUAGGACCAAUCAUGGCACAUGCCUGAAAUCCCAGCACUAGGGAGGCCAAAGUGGAAAGAUGGAAAGCUCAGGGCUAGCCUGGACUGUGUAGGGAGACCCUAUUUGGGAAAACAAAACAAAACCUAAAUAAAAAACCUGUACUAAUCAGCUAACACUCCAAAGAAGUGGCUGCAGAAAUAAAAGACACCGCCCACCCAAGCACCAUCGUGGAAGAGAGGUCUCCACACAGGACACAGACUCCACUGUGGCUCUUUGCACUCUGAGGGUCACUGGUGAAGAACCAUCCCCACUGGGACCAGCACUGCCCCGGGCAAUGCACUCACGUUUGCCCAUUGUCGUCAGGGGAAGUGAGGGGACAGUGUGCUCUGUGAUCCCACUAAAGGUACUGCGUUAGGACCUCCUAGCACGCCUGAUGGCACUCACAGUGCCCGCCGCCCGCCACCCGCCUUUCCUGUGUGUACCACCUACUUUCCUUGCCCCCACCUCCUGCCUGCCUUCCCCAGUGUCUGUCCAAGCUGGCCUUCCCAGCAGGCCUUCCUCAGCUCUUUUGUUCUCUUAUACAAAGUAUUCUCUGUGCAUCUCCUUUGCAGAAUGUCAAGAAUUGACACAGAAAACCUAAAGCACCGAACAUUGUUCCUCUGCUCUCAAAACCUCAGAAGUGAGGCCCGCCUGGGGUGUUCUGGAAGGAGGUACUCAGCUGAGAUCCUGGGGAUGUUUGCUGUGAACUUGACCUCCAUUGGAGGGCAUGAUGCUAGAAUGGAACCCAAGACUCUGGGCUGCUAGGCAGAUGCCUGUCACUGAGCCACAUAUUAUCCCUGUGAUGCAUCUUUGUUUAUAAAGGACCAAGCUGCCCACAGGCUUGAUGCUUGUUCCACCUACAUGCUGAGUGAGAGAUUAAUUUAGAAGAAACCCUGUCCUAACGUUACACUCUCCUUCAUUUCUUAAAACUUUACUUACUUGUGUGAACUGUGAUUUGUAGCCAGAAGGUUUCUCCAGUCCUGUCCGGCCCCCGUGGUCCCUUGGCUGCUUAUAAAAUAAUCAUUCAGAGGUUUAAUAUUUAUUACCAAUUGUAUGGCCUAUGGAAUGCUUCUUGCUAGCUAGCUGUUAUAACUUAACCCAUUUUUCUUAAUCUAUAAAUUGCCACAUGGCCAUGGCAUUACUGGUCUGCUGGCAUCUUGCUGUUCCUUAGGUGGUGGCUGGCGUCUCUCUCUCUCCUCUCCUUUCUUCUCUCUGUACACCUGCUUAGAUUUCCUGCCUGCCUCUAAGCUGCCUUGCCAUAGGCCAAUGCAGCUUUAUUUGUCAACCGGUCAGAGCAACACAUACUCACAGCACACAGAAAGACAUCCCACAGCAGCAAUUUUUAAGGAAAUUAAUAAAACUGUAGUUUUCAGUCCA